CUAGCCAUUUUCGAAAGCACCCAAGAAACCAAUCAACAUGAAGUUCUUCGCUGUCCUCAUCUGCUUCUUCGCUGUCCUGGCCGUCGCAAUGUCUGGUACUCCUCCUUCUGGUCCUACAAGUGGAGUAUCCAGCUCGUCGCCCACGACCACGACAUACACGUACACCACCACCCCAACCAGCACAUCCCCUACCUCUACCUACACGGACACCACAACCACCUCGAAACCCUUCAAGCAGCAGCUCCUGUCCCUGCUGUUCAACAAGAACAGGAGCGGAUAGAUGACCUCAUCCGAUCCACGAUGCCGCCACUUGGAACGAUCCGUAUCACCUGAAUAGCCAAUAAAUAAAAAACACCAAAACAAA